GUUUCUCAUUGCCCAGAACAACUUCUUCUUGAAUGUGUUCCUCCAACUGUCAUUUUGUCUAGAAGCGGAUUCGCGUGUAUCGUGCUCGACAGGUACCCGUUCUAAGUGGACAGGAGUACCCUUCACACUCUGUGCAUUGGAGGGGGUCGGGGGGGGGCGUUAGCACUUAACAGGAAGACCUGGCUGGACCUGGACGAUUUAGUCUCCUGCGAGGGGUGCGUGUGUGUCACAGAUCCUGAGACCGUCCCAACCUGCUGUUUUUACCUUGAGCUUUUGCUGCCUGCACUGGCUGGUCCUCUGAGUGCCUUCCUUCAGAUUCACAGACAACAACCCAGCACAGACUGACAGACAGACAGACAGACAGCCAGCGGAACGAAUAAGACUACUGCAGAACGGUGGAAAACAGAGGAGGGAGGAAGAGUGUGAUUCAGCUCUGAGAAAAGCUUUGGACAGCAGCUUGUGUAGCGGCUAUGCCUCCUGCUUUGGGGGGUCCCGUGGGGUACACACCCCCGGAGGGCGGGUGGGGCUGGGCGGUGGUGGCGGGAGCCUUCAUCUCCAUCGGCUUCUCCUACGCCUUCCCAAAAUCCAUCACCGUCUUCUUCAAGGAGAUCGAGGUCAUCUUCAACGCCACCAGCAGCGAGGUGUCCUGGAUCUCGUCCAUCAUGUUGGCGGUGACGUACGGAGGAGGUCCGGUCAGCAGUAUCCUGGUGAAUAAGUACGGCAGCCGUCCAAUCAUGAUGCUCGGUGGCUGCUUGUCUGGCUGUGGACUGAUUGCUGCAUCCUUCUGCAACACAGUACAGGAGCUCUACUUCUGUGUGGGAGUAGUGGGAGGCUUGGGACUGGCUUUCAACCUCAACCCUGCACUGACCAUGAUUGGAAAGUACUUCUACAAGAAGCGUCCAAUCGCCAAUGGCAUUGCCAUGGCGGGCAGCCCCGUCUUCCUGUCCACCCUGGCACCCCUCAACAGCUGGUUCUUUGAUCAUUUUGGCUGGAGGGGUAGUUUCCUCAUCCUGGGGGGGCUUCUGCUGAACUGCUGUGUGGCAGGGUCACUAAUGCGACCCAUUGGGCCCAAACCACAGCCAGCACUGAGGGACAAUACGAACAAGCCCAAACCAGUGGGCAAAGUCAAAGACAAGAGGACCGUUCUGCAGAAGAUAAACAGCUUCAUCGACCUCACCCUCUUCACCCACCGCGGAUUCCUCCUCUACCUCCUGGGCAACUGCAUCAUGUUCUUCGGCCUCUUCUCUCCCCUAGUUUUCCUCAGCAACUACGCCAAGAGCAAGGACAUUUCCAAGGACAAGGCAGCUUUCCUGCUGUCUAUCCUGGCCUUCGUGGACAUGGUGGCACGGCCCUCCAUGGGUCUGGUGGCCAACACCGCGUUGGUGCGACCUCGGGUGCAGUACUUUUUUGCCGCGUCUGUCCUGUACAACGGGGUGUGUCACGUGCUAGCGCCGUUAUCAGAAGACUACACCAGCUUCAUCAUCUACGCCGUCUUCUUCGGCUUCGCCUUCGGCUGGCUCAGCUCGGUGCUGUUCGAGACGCUCAUGGACCUGGUGGGGGCGCAGAGGUUCUCCAGCGCCGUGGGCCUGGUCACCAUAGUGGAAUGUGGGCCCGUGCUGCUGGGGCCCCCUCUGCUUGGCAAGUUCAACGACAUCUACCAUGACUACAAGUACACCUACUACGCCUGUGGGAUUAUCCUUAUGGUUGCCAGCGUCUUCCUUUUUGUGGGGAUGGGAAUCAACUACCGGCUGUUGGAGAAGGAGAAGAAAGAGGAGGAGAGGAGGGCCAAGCUGGAGGCCAAGGAGGCAGAAUCCAACGUGGACAAUGCGUUCAAGGAGAGAGAGAACGACGCGGACGUACUGACGGCCCUGAGAGCAGACGAGGACCCAAAAACCGCCGAAGACGUGGUCUAGCACCUCUCUCUCACGCGGGAAAGCUCCCCCAGAGGUCUUCUGUGCAAUCCAUGCUCAGUCAACCUGUGAUGAACGUCCAGUACAUUUCAAGAAUAACAAGCUGAAGACCAACUCCCCCACAGGUCCGGCAGGCAGUAGAGUUUAUGGAGUCAAAUUUUUCCCCUUACUCCUCUUGUGUUUACCUGACCUUUUGACCCCGGCUUCAUGCCCCUUUCCCACUGAUGCUGUAGUAGUGCAUGGGCCUCAUCUUCCUAACCACCGCUUCGAGCUGAGGUCCAAGCCCCUCAUUGUAUGGGUUCUGAACUGAAGAAAAAAAAUCCUUUUGAGUGACUUCCAUAAAAGGUCUCUUGAAAAUCUAUGAUGUGCUGUCAGCAAGCCCUUUCUGAGAAGCAUUAUCCCUGCUCAGCAUUUUGGACACUGAUAGCUUUUAUCUUAGAGAGUAUUUAAGGCUGGCCUGUGACCUCAUGACCCAGCAGCAUUAACAUGCGUAAGCUGCGUUCUCACCGAUUCCAGCGAGGACGCAUGAGGACGCACCCGACCCCCAAACUGUCCAUUUGAUGAGCUGUAAUAUGUACAUUAUUUAAGGCGGGUUCCGUGAAAUAGAUGGGAUCAAAACAAACAAGUGACAUAGCCUACCAUGGAACAGUGCCAGCAAUUGAUUGGAUAGAUGCACUGCGUCCUUGGUAUUGGCUCUCCGUUUUCAAAACUGGGACAAUAUGGCAGACCGUUCAACAACUUUCUUAUUUGACCAAAACAAUUCUCGAAAACAUGUUUCUGAAAACAUCUGUGGUGAGAAAUAGGCAAUGCAGAAUCUUGAUUCAUAUAUGAUUUGCAACACCUAGUUUGAAAGUUUCAACCGAGUUUCUCGAGCCAGGCACACUGGGCUGGACGGACUCAUUUGCAUAGAAUAAGGGUGGAGUACAUCCUACGCAAAUAUAGAACCGACGAAGGUACCACGCCACUUGCCGGACUGCAUCUGUCAUGCACUGCGCAGCCGCUACCUAGAAAACGAACGGAAUGUGUUGAGUGGCGGAAUCGGGAACGAGAACGUCUCGUUAGCUUGUUCCAUUGCCCUGUGAAGUACUAUGAAAACAUUAUCAGUAUCAUCUUUUGUAUUGGCACAGUCCCACUUUUACUUAGACAUUCAGAAGCAGGAAGACAAGGGCAAUUUCAAACAAUGCACUGAGAAAGAAGUGAAUAACAACGUAGGACACAGGGCUGCCUUUGUGAGAGAUAGAAAGCAAAGCAUUUACUUUUCUAACGUAUACUUAACGUAGUAGCACCUACCUAACGCAUGACCUUAAACACAUGCCUAUUAAACUUAUUGAAACAUGCUGUAUCGCCAAUAAUAACUUUCUGAAUAUGAUAUGAAUAAUCAUUUGCUUAAAUAUCCUUCAAUACAGGUUGGUUGAGACAAAUUUGCUAUAACAUCAAAGUCGAGAGGACAAUAUGUGUUUUUAUUUACACAUGUUAAAUUGUAUUUUCAAAAAUAAAGAAGAGAUCAAGCAAAAUACUUUUAAAGUCUGCUAGGCUACAGGGAUUCUGGUCUUCAACACCAACAGAUUUACUAUGUUGGCAAAGACUGAAGGCAAAUAGCUGGACUUUCAUUACAAAGAACACUUUAGAGCUCCAAAGGAUACUAUGCAUACGUCACAUUAUGCAGUGACAGAACAUGAUUCACACCUUGCAGUGUAGCACUUUUUUUGGAAAACAUGAGAAAUUAGCUUCUAUUCGCAGGCUGAGGUUGCUUUGAACUAUGCUUUGUUCCUGCCUGCAUACUCUUUACAUUUAGUUUUUGCAUUUGUUUUGCACAGGGCCUCAGCUAACCAGCUGAACUGUUUGAAUACUCGAGGUCCUCAUAUGUUCUCCAAUUAUUUUUGCUUGCCCCCUACCCCCCCCCCCCCCCCCCCCCAAAAAUGUGUCUAUAAAAUACUGUAUAUAUUUAAUGAUUUAAAAUAUUGCAUACACAUAUGAGGACUAUGAGGAUUCAUUUUACCCAGCUAGAAAUUAACAUUCUCGGAACAUUCUCUGAAAACAAUAUCUUUAAGUCAAAAGAGCAUUGUGGGAACACUCGUUGUUUUUUCCUGAAAAACAUUAAAAUAAUAGAAUCGGGGGUGGUAAUUCAGGUUCUUUUUUUUUUCCAGGAAUGUUAGUCAUACAAUUUUACCAUUUCAACAUUUUCAAUCAGAGCACGUCAAAUUACAGUUAUCAUUCUGUAUUUUCAUGACUAAAUGAUAACUAUCCAGAUGUUGCCUGGAACACUUUUCUGUUAGUUUUGAAUUUGUUUUGGAACAUAAUAAAUAUGUUCCAAGAUUGUAUGGGGACUGCUCUUCUCACAAUGUGACCUUACAACCAAAUAACAAUCUGACUGCAAUGUUCUCCGACUUUUUAAAUGGAUGUCACAUUAGCUGGGCAUGUAUACUGAUGAUUCUCUUUACAGAUAUAUUGCCUGUAAAGCACUUUGAUAUGACUACACAAAAAAGUGUCUUUGCACAUGUGUCUACUCAAUAUGAAGUGUUGUGUGUGUUUUGUGUGCAUGUGUGGGUAAAUGGGUAAUCAUAGGUAGGCUAUAUUGUUUCAAAUUUUUUCACAUACUUCUUAGGCACUUUUUAUGCACUUUUCACAUUUGCUAUUUUAAUUUGGCAACGUCACAUUCCUGUUUGACUGUAAAUACAGAAACAUCCCUUCAAAUUAUUUUCUCCUUAGGAAGUGGAAAUAUGAUGACAAUACUCUAAUUGGAAUCUAUUCAACUGAUUUUCAGACUAAUCACAAAAGUAUAAAUGUUAAGUUACAGUAGUGGAAUGCUAAAUCAUCAUAGUGCAAGCCAGUGUGUAGUGCUGGAUUUGUACACAAAACCAUGUUGGUCUUGAUUACUGUAGAUCCACUGUACCCAUUUGUGUUAACUACACAAACAUUUCCAUUUGGAAAUAACUAAAGGUUUAAUUUAAAAAUAUUGUUUGGUUUUAAAUAAAACUGACCUCCAGCUAUAGCCAAAAUAAUUUAAUGUAAGCUGGUCCUCUUGUUAAAAAUAAAUAAUUUAAUGUGGUUGUGAAAGCACCACAUUAGAUGCAUUAAAGUAGAAUCAGUGAGUCAUCUGCUGAUAGCUGGUCUUUGCUAAAAUGUUCAAAACUGUUCAUCUUGGAAAGCAGGCUAUGGAUCAGUGUGUGUUCUCAAGAUAAGUUCUCCACUUAUCCUAUUUGUAGCUUACAAUUUGCAAGUGCCUGGGCAUGCAGUUUUUAUGAAAAGGGCAAUUUUGUCUGGUUUCUCAGUCUGUGUUCCACUGUGUCCCCCAUCCACCCCCCCCCCCCCCCCCCCCCCAGCCCCAAUCACGGUCCUGUCUUUUAUCUUGCCGGAACCGCUUUUGAGUUUUGUAUUUAAAGCUUAGUAGACAACAUGCUACAUGCAAAAUGCUCUUCAAAUGUAAGCGGAAGUAUCUUGCUGUCAUUUCUAGUAUGUUAUAAACAAUGGCACCUUUGGAAUUUGAUUGGCCACCCCUAUUUUUCAUUGCGCUGAGUCGAGUAACAUUAUCUGCUGCACUUAGCUACUGGUGAUGUGAUUGGCUACCAUGUAGGCUUCCUUUUACCUGUCUCAGGUGCACAAGAUCAAAACGGGACCAAGAGCUGGGUUCAUUUAAAUAAGUGCCUUUGAAUGUACACCAUGGAAUAUAUUUGCUGAAACUCAGAAACAAAUUGAACACGUUUUUUCUUGAACCAGCCUUUGAGGUGAACGUGUCUCUGAGUUUUGUGCACAUAGCAAUGUUUAUAACAAUGACAAUUCAAACAUUUUAAUAUCUAAGAAUAGGUUUAUGUACAUUUAUGUGUAGCAAAAGCAGUAUUUGUGUGUACAUUUGUACGGACACAUUUUGAUGCUAUUCUUUUAAUGUGCAUUUAAAUGUUAUAGGAUGUCAACCCAUGACAGCAUAUGAUUUGAUGAGCUGGAUUGUUUGUUAUUAGCCACAGAUGUAUUUUUUUUUCAUGAUCUGUAGUAUGUCUCUCACAAAGACAAGUUUACUCAUGUACUAACAUAUUUUAUGAGAAAUGUGUGAAAAUAAUGUAGGCACUUACAGAACACUUAACAUUAUUGAUAUUUAUCUCAGAUUUCUGUAGGAAAGGUGACAGCCAGUGGGGUUUUUUAAAAAAAUACUACUGCAUAAACAAGCUGAGCCUUAGAUUUGUGUGUUGAACUGUACAACUUAUUUUUUUUAAUGAGAGCUAGAGUACAUUGUUUUAUUCACAAUUAAUUUUUAAAAAUUAGUAAAUAAAAAGUGAAUACAUAAUAUCAUUACAAACUUUCUUGGUAUGAACGUUGAUUGGUGUGCUAGUUCCCAUGUAUAGCUGUGAGACCACUGUAGUGCCAAAAUACAGUAGCAAAUAAAAAAAUAUGAAGGAUUUUAAUAUAGAGUCAGCUGUGAUGUUUGAGUUUUUACUUGUAUGUACCUGUAUGUAUGUACUCCGAAUGAGUGAAUGAAUAAACUGUUAAACAUG